UUAAUGCCCCGCCCCAGUUUCCAUUGAGGUUUUGGGGCCUGAACUCGAUCGUCGCUGUUGUUGGUGUUUUUGAUCCGCGGAGGAAACCGCGCCUCAGAUUCAUGUUUCCCGGGGAGCAGCCGCCCCCCAAUAAGAUGAUGAAGCGCCGGAGAGCGGACGCUGACCAGACAUGGCCGGAGGAGCGAGUAAACAUGGAACAUGGGCUGUACACACUGCACAACAUGUUCCGCCUGGUUGGCACACACCUGACUCACCGCGAUGUGCGUGUUUUCUCCUUCCUGUUUGUUGAUGUGAUCGGGGAUGACCAGCGUGGUGAAAUUAAAGAUGGCCGUGACUUCUUUCUCACGCUCGAGCGACAGGGUCGCUGUGAUGAGAAUAAUUUCCGGCAAGUUCUGCAGCUUCUGAGGAUCAUCACACGUCAUGAUCUCCUGCCUUACGUCACACUCAAACGCAGGGAGAGCGUUAUACCAGAUCCUGUGGAUAAAUACCUUGAGGAAACAUCUAUGACUUUUAUAAAAUCGCGAACUUCGGGAACAAGUGGACAAGAGACCGGAAAAACAGCUUCUGCAAAGAAUCUCUGUUACUCACCCACUGGACCUCAGAUGAGUCAGUACCGUCCGGGCAGACUGUGUCCCCAGCGCACGUCUCGUCGCAAGAGAAAGCGAGCUCCAAUUUCAGAGAACAAGGAGAAGCAGACUUGUGAUAUCCGUCUCCGCGUGCGAGCGGAAUACUGCCAACAUGACUCGGCCUUGCAGGGAAACGUCUUCUCGAACAAGCCGGAUCCCCUUGAUCGGCAGUUUGAGUGUUUCAGUCAGGCCAACACCAUCCUCAAGUCCAGGGACUUGGGUUCCAUUAUCUGCGACAUUAAAUUCUCAGAGCUGACCUAUUUGGACGCCUUUUGGAGGGAUUAUAUUAAUGGGUCAUUGCUCGAGGCGCUCAAGGGUGUGUUUAUCACAGAGUCCCUGAAACAAGCUGUGGGACACGAGGCCAUCAAGCUCCUGGUCAAUGUCGAUGAAGAUGAUUAUCGUCACGGUAGGCAGCGUCUCUUGGGGAACCUGGUGUCUCCGAGUGGCCCUUGAGUGGUCCCUGAGCGAGACGAAGAGAGAGGGAGAGACAGAGAGAGGGAGAGCCGAAGAGAGGGAGAGCCUAAUAGAGGGAGAGACAGAGAGGGAGAGACUGAGCGAGAGAAAGACUGAGAGAAAGCGGAGAAGACCGAGAGGUUCGGUUGCUCUCUCUUGUUGCUCUAUCCAAUUGCUCUCUGUGCAUGUCUCUCUCUGUCAUCAGUGAGUAUGUGUGAAAUGCGUUUCUCCCUCUCCCGGUGUCCUAGCCAACUGAUAAAACCACUCACUCGCCUCACAGCUGUUUGCAGAGACGUUGCCAUGUGCAAACAGUGGUUGCCCAAUAAACACACAGUCACUACACCUACACUUUACUGUAAAUCGUAUUAAACUGGUUUCACAUUAA